AUGAAACAUCGGCACCAGUCGCCAUCAUUGGCGGCGAUAAUAUGGCUGCUGGUCGUCAUCGCUCUGCCAGCGAAAACGCAAAUUACCAACCCUGUCACAUCCUUCUUGAAUUUCCUCCAUGAAGGAACCAACCAACUGGAUAACGAACCGCCCGAUCAGAACAACUUACUCACAGAAUACGACUUCAUUGUCGUCGGUGCCGGUACCGCCGGCUGCGUGCUGGCCAAUCGCUUAACCGAAAUACCCGAUUGGAAAGUUCUCCUCGUGGAAGCAGGCAACAACGAAAACUUCGUCAUGGACAUACCAAUCCUGGCGAAUUAUCUACAGUUCACCCCGGCCAACUGGGGCUAUAAGACGAAACCAUCCAGCAGGUACUGCGCGGGCUUCGAAAACCAACAGUGCAACUGGCCACGGGGUAAAGUCGUAGGUGGAUCGAGCGUCCUAAAUUACAUGAUAUACACGAGAGGCGCAUCAAACGAUUAUAAUCGCUGGCAGGAAAUGGGUAACGAAGGCUGGGGUUGGAACGACGUUCUCCCCUACUUCAAAAAGGUGGAGAACUUCAAUAUACCUUCAUUCGACGAUCCAAAGUAUCAUGGUUACGAAGGAUAUUUGAAUAUCGAGAAUUCCCCAUACCGCACCACAAAAUCUAAGGCGUGGGUCAAAGCGGCACAAGAGAUGGGCUUCAAGUACGGAGAUUACAACGGUGCUAAUCCGUCUGGUAUUUCGUUUUUACAGUUAUCUAUGAAAAACGGGACCCGACACAGCUCAAGCAGAGCAUACUUACAUCCGAUUAACGAAAGAAAUAAUCUCCACUUGUCUAAGAACACUAUGGUGACAAAGCUGAUUUUUGACAAGACCAAAACCAAAGUAAUAGGUGUAGAAUUAGAAAAACGAAAUAAAAAGUAUAAAAUUUUAGCAAAGAAAGAGGUAAUUCUGUCAGCUGGUGCAAUAAAUUCGCCGCAGUUACUAAUGCUUUCAGGCAUUGGUCCAAGGAAGCACUUGGAGUCAAUGAAUAUUCCAGUUAUAAAAGAUCUACCAGUUGGGUAUAAUUUGAUGGAUCACAUAGCUGCUGGUGGUGUGCAGUUUAUGGUUACUAAACAAAACGUGAGUUUAAGUACAGAAUAUAUAUUGAAUCAUUUAGAGGUAGUGUUCAAGUGGAUGAAAACACACACAGGACCGCUGUCAAUACCUGGAGGUUGUGAAGCUCUUGUUUUCAUGGACUUAAAAGAUAAGUUCAACUCAACCGGAUGGCCGGAUAUGGAACUACUUUUCGUUAGCGGGGGGUUGAACUCCGACCCAUUAUUAAAAAAAAACUUCGGAUUCGACGAGAACAUCUACAUAGACACAUACUCGUCGUUGGAGAAACAAGACUUAUUCAUGGUCUUCCCAAUGCUGAUGCGCCCGAGGUCAAAGGGUAGGGUAAAGUUAACAAACAGAAACCCAAAAAGUCAUCCGACCUUGAUACCAAACUACUUUGAAUAUCCCGAGGACCUGCAAAAAAUCGUUGAAGGUAUCAAAGUAGCCAUUCAAAUAUCGAGACAGCCGGCCCUGAAGAAAAUUGGCGCAAAGAUAUACGACGUGCCGAUAGAAGACUGUUUGAAGUACGGCCCAUUCGGGAGCGAUGCUUACUUCGCGUGCCAGGCUCAGAUGUUCACUUUCACGAUAUACCACCAGAGUGGCACAUGUAAAAUGGGAAUCGCGAGUGACCCCACGAGCGUUGUCAACCCUAGGCUCAAAGUGCACGGUAUAGCAAAAUUAAGGGUCAUCGACGCAAGUAUUAUGCCAGAGAUAGUAUCGAGUCAUACAAAUGCACCAGUUUUCAUGAUAGCCGAGAAGGGGGCGGACAUGAUCAAAGAAGAAUGGCGCAGGAUGAGA